AUUUCAAACUCGUUCCCUGACUCCCUGACUGGCUUCAAUCAAUUUCAGUCUCAGUUGCUCGGCAGCAUCAGGUUCACAAUGACCUCCGAUUCCACGCUGUACUUCAGUGCCGUCGAGGAAAUGUUCAAGGAAGUGUUAGCAAUGGGGGACGACGACGGGCAUCCUGGGAACGAGGAGUUCUCCGAAACCCCUAAGCGUUGUGUGCAAUUGCGCAAGCAGAAGUUGUUCGCGAGCGACUCCGCGAGUUUUGUGCUAUGUCGUCGGUCGCCGAGGCUUGAUUCUAAGAUCGAUCUGAAAGGAGAUAUGUCUCCUGGCAGGCGAAAGGAGCUGCGCGGCGAGGAUGUCCUGCGGAUGCGCAAGGAUCGGGCGGAGCAGGAGCGACUGAGGCCCCAAAGACGACUUACCUUGCGGAUUUAAUACCAUCUAUCCACCGAGUUCGUUGAGCUACCCAAUCGAAGUGCUUCCCUAUGAUCUAUUUUUAAGCUCACCUAAGUAUGCUAUGUUGUGUGUGCCAAUAACGUUAUUAAAAAAUGCAAAUUCUUGCUUUAGCACAUAGCUGUUAA